UCUUUCAGCUAAUUUGAUGGAAUUUAUGAUUUCAGUUGAUGUUGUGACCGAUCAUUAGAUAACCAAGGGACAAUGGAGGCUUCAGUUUUUACAGUGGUUGUGAUAGCUUUGAAAAUAGCUAUCAUUUCAUCAUUCUGCCCCGACGCGUCAUGGUUGAGGAUCGAGAAAAUUGCCAACAUUCAGCAAAAUUUUCCCGGUACAAAUGUUUGCAUCAAAGGCUUUAGUACACCAAUGUCUUGGCAGGACGCCACACAAACGUGUCGAGUAUUUCAUGGAAAUCUUUUAACCUUCGAUAAUGACUACCGUUACGGGAAUGGAUAUGCUGCCUUUGAUUAUACAGAAUUUUGGACCGGGAUGUAUGUCACCGAGGACAGAUUCGCAGUACCACUUCUUGACGGCGUGCCACCCAAACGUGUCAACGAUACAUACUAUAACAGGACACCCAAGACAUGGCAAUGGGUUACUGGAGAACCGAGGUCUAACCAUGGAUGUCAAAUGAUGACUAAAGGCGUUGGAAGCCACAAUGCUUCCAUGGUGAACUGCGACCGGCUUCUUCCUUUCUACUGCUCGGCGCCAACUUUCUUUCCCUACACAACCCCCUUGUGUCUGAAUGGUAGCCUAUCUGCUGGACUCUGCUACACGGUUUUCCGGACGGCCAUGACGUAUAACGAUUCAGUUAGCCACUGUCUCAAAGAAGGAGGAGCUGUCGCUGUCUUUGACAAUUUCAACAAAGACAUAUUAUCGAGCGCUGUGAUGGCUGAUCGAUCUUUCUUGAAUUCAGAUGUACGGAGUUACUAUCUAAACGGCAGUUCGGUGGACAUAGGAAACGAUGGUUCUGGCGAAGGAGGCGACAUCAAUGAACCUCAACAGAAGCUUUGUUUUACCUUGAAUAUGAAGGAUGCCUAUAUAGAACAGUUGCCAUGUGAUACUCCGAUAGGAGUUAUCUGUCAGAAACCUCUCACAGACCCUCCUCCCGACGAUGAUGAUAUUCCUGUUCUUCAAAUAAUCAAAACCGUAUCGAAAGAAAGGGAAAUACACACCGUUCAGUGUACUUUAAACCGGGACCUGGAAGAUUUUGAGAGUAUGGUGAUAUUUCUGGAUGGCCUUCCUGAGAAUUCGAAUUUUAUCCUGAGAAACACACCAUCAGCAGUAAUAACCAUACCUGGUUCUGGUUUACAAGCCAUAGGCGAUUACUGGUGUGAAAUACAAAACAGCCGAACAUCUAAAGUUUUCGUCUCUGAUAAAGUGACAUAUACCUUUCCUCAAUCAUCAUCCUUAAUAUACCGAGGACAUGUGAAUUUUACUAUCCCGCCAGACGGCCUGACAAUCUCGCUACAUAAUCUGCAGUUUGUAGAUGAUGAAAGAUACAGGCAAACUGGUACCUUUAUCCCUCGAAUACUUGGAACGUCUAUCAGUAAUGGAGUCCAACUGAUUAUGACCUACCAAGAAGCUCCUUUAUUUUUAAAUCAGGAUCUUGCUAAUGGAAUCUUUGAAAUCGAAAAAAUAAGAGAGUUUGGCAAAUCCAUUGACUUUUCCGUUUAUUUCAAAAUAAACACCUCCCUCGAUCCGAAUUGGUAUACACCAGAAAAAGACCAAUUCGCUAUGAGCAGAUUGGGAGAAGAAAUAAAGGCCUCUCUCAGCUUUAACGAAAUGCCUUCAAAAAGGAGAAGGAAACGACAAGCAUCCAUGUUCUUACCAGAUGUAGUUCUUUUAAGUACUGGAUCCUGCUCAGCUUUCGAUGUUUACGACCUAGAUCUUGAAAGAAGUAUAAGUUUCGGAGCUGUAGGAGUAGGAGAUACAGCAUUCUCUAAAGAGAUCUGCAUUACGGACAAACGACCUUUAGCUUACGUGACGUGUAUUGGAGCAUUUUAUAGAGGUGCUUCUUACGGGCAAAUCACGAUAAACCGAAAGUGUGUCUUUAAUAUAACGACCACAAGCAAUUCAACGACAACAUUGCAGAGAUUGGCAGAGGCUAACGUCACCGGAGCCAACACGACUGAUAUACUGGAACAGACUUAUAAUCUGACACGUGUAGAUAACCUGACAAGUCUAGAUGUGAUAAAUACGGCAUACAUACUGACCAAUGUGGCCGAAUCUACAGACCGAGUCGAUCAGACGGGUGUGGAGUACGCUACAGAUAUAGUUAACAAAAUGAUUGGACUCGAUGCUGACAUACUGAAUCAGGCACAGGAUAGUGGUAGUAGCACUUCCAGGCUCGUUGAAGCAUUGGAAACUAUUUCCAACAACAUAGUCCUGGACCAGACCAAUUCUGCAAGCAUUGUUCGUCCAUUCGUUGCGUCUGAAAUACGGCAAUUCUCAGGCGAUACCAAUCUUGUCGUUGGAAUUCAAUUAAAGGAUACUCCCGAGGUUACAAUAACUAAUAGUUCCCUUUCAGUCCUGGAUGAUGAGAUGAAUCUGGAUAUUUUCGUUACGGAUGCCGCGAUAAUUUUGCCCAAAUCUAUACUUCAAAGUUCCACAAAGACACGUUUGCUGCUGCAGAUUUAUUCCUCGACGAAGUUGUUUAAUGCUAUCAGUUCAAAAAACCGGUAUAGGGCAAACAGUAACAUCGCUGCAGCUACUCUUAGUCAGGACCUGAUAAAGAUAGAAAACCUGGGCCAGGAACAAGUGAAAACCAUAUUCAAGCCGUUUAAGCAAACGGAAGGACUUGUAUGUGGAUACUGGGACUAUGAGAAGAACGAUAACUCUGGCGGAUGGUCCACUGACGGAUGUAGGCUCCUUAACCAGGAUGGAGACAGAGCGAUAUGCGUCUGUGACCAUCUCACAAACUUUGCAAUUCUAAUUGAUUUUGAAGCACAAGGGAAUUAUGUAAAGGCCCACCAGCUGGCACUGAGCAUCAUAACAAUCGUGGGGCUAGUGCUGUCAAUCAUUGGAUUGAGUUUCACGAUACUCUGCUUCAUCAUAUUCAAACCAUUACGGAAAACAAGAGGUCAGAAAGUCCUAUUUCAACUAGCUAUUGCUAUGUUGUGUUCGUGGGUGGUGUUCCUGGCCGGGAUUGAGCAGACAUCAAGCUACAAUGGGUGUAUAGCCGUGGCUAUACUAUUGCACUACCUUAUACUUGUCACGUUCAUGUGGCUUCUUAUCGAAGGCUUUCUUCAAUAUCUCCGCUUCGUCAAAGUUCUCGGCACGUACAUACCGAGGUUCAUGCUGAAGGCGUCAAUCUUUGCAUGGGGGGUGCCUGCUAUUCCAGUGAUCGUUGUAUGUGCCAUUGACUAUCGUCUUUAUGAUGGUGGUAUUUACUACUGCUGGAUGUCGCUUCAGCCAUUUUACUACGCAUUUGCUAUACCAAUUGGCCUGGUGAUAUUCAUUAACAUUAUUGUCUUCAUCCUUGUGAUCGUGAAUAUCCUGCGCAGACCAGCCGGUCUUCAGUCAAAUCAGUCGGAACGGAAACGGGCUUUGAUGAAUUUCUGGGCAACUAUCUCCAUAUUUGUCCUUUUAGGUCUUACCUGGAUAUUUGGAUACAUGGCCAUCGAGGACGCUCGUAUCCCAUUCCAAUACAUAUUUACCAUUUGCAACGCGUUUCAAGGAUUCUUUAUCUUCUUGCUGUUCAUUACCCGCGAUCCCCAAGUCAGAAAGGAGUGGAAGGCGAUGUGUUGUCGGGAGAAAAAAGAUCUUACCGGAUUUGAUUCCUCUGCGGGCUCGAGAUCCAAAGACGCGACUGCGUUUACCGACUUGUCUUCAGCCAAGAAAGCCAGUUUAACUUCUUAAGAGAAUGUCAUCCAGGUUUAUUUUGAUGAAUGCUAUAGAAAUCCAAGGACAAAAAACUGCCAAUAAUGUAUGUGUGUGUUAUAUUAAAGGUAUUGACAGCUUUGCACGAGUCCAAGGUACCUCGUACACUUGAAGACACUCUUUGAUCAUUUCGACGCAAUGAUAUACUUACUAUCUGUUUUACAUUUUUGUUAACAUCCACUUUAACAAGUUUAUAUAAUGUAUUAUAUGUGAUAGAUAUGCAUGGCUUGAUUCCAAUGCCUCAUAUUUCCACUGUAUUAUUCCUAAUAUUAGUGUCACCUUUAAGCAUGUAAGCUUUCUUAAUACUGUUAGUCUAAUGUGCUACUUUUACAAUAUAUCUUAUAAUGUUAUGUCUCACAAAAGCUGAUACAUUCAUUAUGCAUAAUAGUGACAUCUCUACUUUUCGUCUUGAAAUAUAAACGAAUACUGAAUUAACAAUUGUUGGUAUGAUAAUCCUUAUGAAUACUGAAAUAUUUACUUUUCGUAUGAUACAUCAUGUGAAUACAGAAAUGUCUACUUUUUGUGUGAUACUUUUGCGAAAACCGAAAUCUCAAAGUUCCGUCUUAUACUCAUUACAAAUACCGAAAUAUUUACUUAUCGUAUGAUACUCCCUAUGAAUACAGAAAUUGCAACUUUUUGUGUGAUACUUUUACGAAUAUCGAAAUCUCUAAUUUCCGUAUAAUACUCGUUACAAAUACUGUUGUUUUUUUCGUAUAUUAUGCUACCGAAUGCUUUGAUAUCUUAAUAAUACUCUUACCGAACUCUAAAUGGUCCACACUUCCUGAAAUAAUCCUCAUUAUUUAUGACGGCUAUAUUUUACUUGAAAAACACUUUGUGUCAAAUCCGCCAAUCUAUGGAGAACAAGGUAAACAUGACUUCCAUGUUAUUAUUUAGAAUACUAAACCCUAUCGAUACAUAUAUUAACGUUUUAUUUUCCAAACACUGUUUGUUAAAUUAUAACUAACAUCUUGCAAAAGAGGGACUAAAUUUUUAAUUUAAAAUGUCAACAAUCGUGUAAAUAUAAAGCGACAUUUUACCGUAUGUCAAAACAUUGAUACUUUAAUUAGAAAGUGAUAAAGAUUUCGACAAAUUAAUAAGUUAGCAUUAGGAAUACAUCUCUUACUGUAAAUAAUAUUUUCAUUUACCUGGAGUUAAGGUUUAAAAUCCGGCUUAUAUUUCAAAAAGUAAUCAUCAUUGGUAUAAUUUUAUGUCGUACAUAAUAAUCUUAUUCAUACAUUUUUUUUUAAUUUCUAAAAUGUCUUAAACAAAACUAACGACAUCCAUGUGAUUACUCGUCACAGUAUUCGCACCUGGUUUGGUCAUGCAAUGUAGUUUCUUGUAGUUUUGAGUUUAGUAGUAUAGUACAUUGUACCUUAAUAUUUCGAAACAGUUCAGCAAGUAUGUUUAAAACUCUGAUCAAGGUUACGCAUAUGUACGUCAUUACCUCAUAUGAAUAAGAAAAGAUCAUUGACAUAGGAGGAAAAUAGUUAACAUACCAGUUAAAUAGUUUAACAUAAUUUUGUUUCAACUUUUCGAAGUGUUUCACCUUAUUCGCCAUCAUUCCUGAUGAUGCUUGGAAGCAAUGAUAACAGUGUUAUAUUACUUUUAUUAUUAUGUUUAUGUGAUGUAGAAUACAUUAUGUUCGAGACGAGAGUCGCAGGGUACUGAUUUGUUAAAAGCUAUUAUACAUGAAAGCGGCAUAAUUUUAAUUGUCUGUUGUGAGCUAUUUUGAAUAGGAACCCACAUGUGAAUUUUGUGAUCAACACACAAGUGUUUUCCAUAAUGAUAUCCUCAACUGGUCUCAAACAGUUGCAAAAAUCAAAUUCUGUAACACUUUUUCACCAAAAUGUCAUAUUCUGCUUGUAUAUGGUUGCAUACAUAUCGGAUAAUUUAAUGAAUUUAUGAUAAAUGAAUAAGAUAUCAAAUAUCUGCAUUUAUUAAAUACGUUUCAUUUACAUAUACACUGUAUAUAAUAUGUAUUUCUUUUAGAUGUAUUUGCCUUUUCUUGUUAUAUAUCGCCAUACUUAAAUCUAACUCUAUUCUUUCAAAAUCUUCACAUACCAUUUUAUAAAACAAUACAUAAUUCGUUUUGUAAAUUCAGGUAUCACGUGGAUCUUUGGAUAUCUGGCCAUCGAAGAUGCCCGUAUCCCAUUUCAGUACAUAUUUACAGUGUGUAAUGCCUUCCAAGGAUUUUUCAUUUUUUUGCUGUUCAUUACGCGCGAUCCUCAAGUAAGAAAGCAAUGGAAAGACAUGUGCUGUAAACCUCCAGCAAAAUCAGGCUAUUAUGACGUCAAUACCAAAUCAAAAGGCUCCUCCGAUCUCCUAGAGGAAAGUCAUCAGACCAUCCCUCUCACAACUCAGGAUUGAAAUGUUGGGACCUGUUACACUUUGUAAUCCUUUUCAUAACUGGACUCAUGCAUGAUUUUGAAACUCUAUUAUUGUAGUAGGUUGUUAACUUUAACUAUUAAAUGUAGGAAGGUGUGACAAAUAUAAUGAAUGUUGUAUGCUUAAUAUUUACACAAAUUUGUUUUUUGGGUAUGAACAUAAAAUGCAGUGGGAUGUCCUUAUUUUUCAUUCCAUAUUCCUGAAAAUUAUCGGAUUGAUGAAGCCAUAUUUUAAGAAAACAAAGCUAUUAAUGAAAAUAUGAAUGUUUCACAUAUGCUCUUCUCUGAAUGGUGAACUUUUCGUAUGUAAUCGUUUUAGUAAGAUACUCGAGUCUCUAUGCCAUGUAUCAAACAGUGUUUUCUUGUUUUUGAUAUACAACGAUCUCGUCAAAUGUCUCCAGCUUCACCAAUAAAGCUUUUUCUGUUAAAUUGUCGAUUACUACUUAACUUUGUUUUUUAUUAAACAUUUUUGAAAUUUAA